CGCGAGGGGAGUAGAGAGAACAUGGCGGUCGCGUGAGCAAGGUUGAACGAACUGUUUUAACAAACUAAAAGAGUUUGAAAUUAAACCCUCGUCUAAAAACCCACGACUUUGUGUUAAUUUAAAUCUAAGUCAAGUGCCAACCACCACACUGUUUAAUUUUUUAGUGCGUAUUGGUAUAAAUAUGAUCAAACUUGUACAAGGUUGGGAAACAAACGCAUCCAGUCAGAAACUUAAAGCAAUGUUAAUUAACGAAUCAAACAGGUAUCGUGGGGGCCUAGGCGCGAGGAGACAUGUCCGACGCCUCUGACUUAUCGUCCGAGGAGGAGCGCAGCCUAUUCCGUCCAUUUACGCGCGAGUCGCUUGCGACCAUCGAGGCUCGAAUUGCAGAAGAACAUGCUAAACAGAAGGAGUUGGAAAAGAAAAGAGCUGAAGGAGAGACCGGUUUUGGACGCAGGAAAAAGAAAAAAGAAAUUCGGUAUGAAGACGAGGACGAAGAUGAAGGCCCCCAACCUGACCCAACUCUGGAGCAAGGGUUACCCAUACCAGUUCGUCUUCAGGGUGGGUUUCCUCCGGAAUUGGCCAGCACACCACUUGAAGACAUCGAUCCUUUUUACAGCAACCAAAGAACUUUUGUAGUAGUUAGUAAAGGCAAGGACAUAUUCCGAUUUAGUGCAACCAAUGCUCUGUGGAUACUCGAUCCUUUCAAUCCAAUCCGUCGAGUAGCCAUUUAUAUAUUAGUGCAUCCUUUGUUUUCUCUCUUUAUCAUUACCACCAUCCUCGUCAAUUGUAUCCUCAUGAUUAUGCCCACCACACCCACCGUAGAAUCAACUGAAGUAAUUUUCACUGGCAUCUACACGUUUGAAUCAGCUGUGAAGGUGAUGGCCAGAGGUUUUAUUCUUCAACCGUUCACCUACCUUAGAGAUGCAUGGAAUUGGCUCGACUUCGUAGUCAUAGCUUUAGCUUAUGUUACCAUGGGUAUAGACCUUGGAAAUCUUGCUGCCUUGAGAACAUUUAGGGUACUACGAGCUCUAAAAACUGUUGCCAUUGUGCCAGGUUUGAAGACUAUCGUGGGAGCUGUAAUAGAAUCUGUAAAAAAUCUCCGAGAUGUGAUAAUUUUAACGAUGUUUUCACUGUCAGUGUUUGCACUGAUGGGUUUACAGAUUUACAUGGGGGUUCUGACACAAAAAUGUAUCAAAAAUUUCCCUAUGGACGGCUCCUGGGGAAAUCUCACUGAUGAAAAUUGGGAAAGAUUUGUAAGCAACAAAACGAAUUGGUAUUGGGAUGAAGAAAAAGGGGAUAGACCUUUAUGUGGAAACUCCUCUGGAGCUGGCACAUGUAAGCCUGGUUAUACAUGUUUACAAGGCUAUGGUGCAAAUCCAAAUUAUGGAUAUACAAGUUUUGAUACAUUUGGUUGGGCCUUCCUUUCUGCCUUUAGACUAAUGACUCAGGAUUAUUGGGAAAAUUUAUAUCAAUUGGUUUUGAGAUCUGCAGGACCUUGGCACAUGUUAUUUUUUAUCGUUAUCAUUUUCUUAGGCUCGUUUUAUUUAGUUAAUUUAAUUUUGGCCAUCGUCGCUAUGUCUUAUGAUGAAUUACAAAAAAAGGCUCAGGAUGAAGAAGAAGCUGAAGCCGAAGCUAUCCGAGAAGCUGAAGAGAAAGCAAAGGAGAAACAAGACCGAGCAGACGCGCGAGCGUUAGCAGCAGUGGAGGCAGCUGCAGCUGCAGAAGCAGCUGCUAGUGGUGGAGGUCACGAGAUCGUUAAAUCUUCCUCGGACUAUUCCUGUCAUAGCUAUGAGAGUUUCGUAGGACAAGCAAGCGGCCAGGAUGAUAACAACAAAGAAAAAAUAAGCAUACGAUCUGAAGGAUUAGAUUCCGUGAGUGAACACAGAAGAGUUCCUAAUCUCAGCAAGAUACGGAAAGUCAGCGCUGCAAGUCUUAGUCUUCCGGGAUCUCCGUUCAAUCUUCGCCGGGGCUCACGAGGCAGUCAUCAGUUUACCAUUAGAAACAACAGGCAUAUGGUGGGCGGUCCCUGCGACCGCAAACCUUUAGUACUCUCGACUUAUCUCGAUGCUCAAGAACAUCUUCCCUAUGCUGACGACUCCAACGCUGUUACUCCCAUGAGCGAGGAGAAUGGAGCCAUGGUGUUCCCCAUGUACUACGCCAAUUUGGGGUCACGUCACUCAUCAUACAAUUCCCAUGCUGCGCGGAUGUCUUAUACAUCCCACGGGGACCUCCUUGGAGGCCUUGUAGGUAGUGGCAAAAAUAUGACAAAGGAGAGUCAACUCCGAUGUCGUUCCAUGAGAAACGCACCACCAACCACAACAAAUUCCUUCUUUGAAAUUACUCACAAAGCACACAGAGGUGAUUAUGAUGGUCCCACAGGCCAACUUUGUGAAUCUAAAUUAAAACAGUUGGAUAGUUCCUUUAUUGAUAACAAUCAAAGACAAACAGUUGUAGAUAUGAAAGAUGUAAAAGUCCUCAACGAUAUUAUUGAGCAAGCAGCUGCAAGUGGAGGAAGUGAGCAUGGAGUUUCUGUUUAUAUUUUCUCAGCCACUAAUAAUGAUGAGAAUGACGAAGAAGAGGAAGAACCCACCGUCGGAGAACGCAUGCUGGCCUACACACUAAAAAUAAUAGACAUACUUUGCGUUUGGGAUUGUUGUCAUUGCUGGAUCGUCAUCCAGAAAUUCGUCAGUUUAAUAGUAUUUGAUCCGUUCGUUGAGCUUUUCAUCACGCUUUGCAUCGUUGUUAACACCUUGUUCAUGGCACUUGACCAUCACGACAUGGACAAAGACCUGGAAAAGGCCUUAAAAAGUGGAAACUACUUCUUCACUGCUACAUUUAUGAUCGAAGCUACGAUGAAAUUAAUUGCGAUGAGUCCAAAAUAUUACUUUCAAGAAGGCUGGAACAUCUUUGAUUUCAUAAUAGUGGCACUAUCAUUGCUAGAACUUGGGCUUGAAGGAGUCCAGGGAUUGUCUGUUUUGAGAUCAUUUCGAUUGUUGAGGGUGUUUAAACUGGCAAAAUCAUGGCCAACUUUGAAUUUACUUAUUUCCAUUAUGGGUAGGACUAUGGGUGCUUUAGGGAAUCUAACGUUUGUCUUAUGUAUCAUUAUAUUCAUAUUUGCCGUAAUGGGGAUGCAAUUAUUUGGAAAAAAUUAUACAGACAACGUUGAUAGAUUUCCUGCCGGUGAACUUCCAAGAUGGAACUUUACCGAUUUUAUGCAUUCCUUUAUGAUAGUGUUUAGAGUAUUGUGUGGAGAAUGGAUAGAAUCUAUGUGGGAUUGCAUGUUAGUAGGUGAUGUGUCUUGUAUUCCAUUUUUCCUAGCAACUGUUGUAAUUGGUAAUCUUGUGGUACUUAACCUCUUCUUGGCUUUGCUUUUGAGCAAUUUUGGAUCUUCAAACCUUUCAGCACCGACUGCCGACAACGAUACUAAUAAAAUAGCAGAGGCCUUUGAGAGAAUAGGUCGUUUUAUAAGAUGGAUAAAGGGUAGUGUUUUAGAUAUAGUAAAAAUCGUCCGAUUUAAAUUAACUAAUCAGAUAUCAGACCAGCCUUCAGAUGAAAGAGAAUGUGCAUUAGAAAUAUCAGACGACGAAAUAUUGGCAAACGGUUUAAUGAAGAAAAAUCCUAAAGAUCGAGUUGAAGUAACAAUAGGUAUUGGGACCGGUAUGGACCUUACAGUUCAUGGUAUAAAUAGCAACUAUCAAAAAGUCGGUUUAAUGGUUUCAUUUAAAAUUUUAGGUGAUUCAAAAACUAAUUUAAAACGAGACAAAAACAGUUUAAGUAAAAGCAAAACUAUUGGAAAUUCAAUUUUAGACCACAGUGAUUUUAUUAGUCACUUAGAUGAUGACGAAAUUAGUAAUAAUUCAUACGGGAGUCACACUUACAGAUUUAAAGACGAGAGUCAUAAAGGUAGUGCCAAUGUGUUGGAAGAUAACGAGGAGCAAGAAGAGAAACGAGAUGCCAGUAAAGAAGAGUUAGGUAUUGUUGAAGAUACGGAAGAAGAAGGCUGUGAAUGCAAAGAAAUUUUAAAUGAAGAUUUGGUUGAUGCAAACACUGAAGACAUUAUCGAUGAGUAUUCGGCUGAUUGUUGUCCCGAAUCAUGUUAUAAAAAAUUUCCAUUUUUGGCCGGCGAUGAAGAAUCGCCAUUUUGGCAAGGUUGGGCAAAUUUGCGUUAUAAAACAUUUCGGCUUAUAGAAAACAAAUAUUUUGAAACGGCGGUUAUUACGAUGAUUUUGCUGAGUAGUCUUGCAUUAGCUUUGGAAGAUGUACAUCUUUCGAAACGUCCGAUUUUGCAAGAUAUUUUAUACUAUAUGGAUCGAAUAUUUACAGUGAUUUUCUUUUUCGAAAUGUUGAUAAAAUGGUUAGCUUUAGGGUUUCAAAAAUACUUUACAAAUGCAUGGUGCUGGCUAGAUUUUAUUAUCGUAAUGGUAUCGUUAAUUAAUUUUAUUGCCUCUCUUUGUGGUGCUGGUGGUAUUCAAGCGUUUAAAACCAUGAGAACACUUCGAGCUCUAAGACCUCUCCGUGCUAUGUCGCGGAUGCAAGGAAUGAGGGUUGUAGUAAAUGCGCUUGUACAAGCUAUACCAUCUAUCUUCAAUGUGCUGCUAGUGUGCUUAAUCUUUUGGUUAAUUUUUGCUAUAAUGGGUGUACAGUUAUUUGCUGGUAAAUACUUUAAGUGCGUAGACGCAAAUAAAACAACAUUAAGCUAUGAAAUUAUUCCUGAUUACAACGCCUGUAUUGCCGAAAAUUACACUUGGGAGAAUUCUAGAAUGAAUUUUGAUCAUGUUGGUAAAGCGUACCUUUGUUUGUUUCAAGUUGCUACUUUUAAAGGAUGGAUACAAAUUAUGAACGAUGCUAUAGAUUCCAGAGAAAUUAAUAAACAACCAAUAAGAGAGACAAAUAUUUAUAUGUAUUUAUAUUUCGUCUUCUUUAUUAUUUUUGGAUCAUUCUUUACUUUAAAUCUGUUUAUUGGUGUGAUUAUUGAUAACUUUAAUGCACAAAAGAAGAAAGCAGGAGGUUCGUUAGAAAUGUUCAUGACUGAGGAUCAAAAAAAGUACUAUAAUGCGAUGAAAAAAAUGGGUUCGAAGAAACCUAUGAAAGCUAUCCCACGACCGAGGUGGAAACCUCAAGCUAUCGUAUUUGAAAUAGUAACAAAUAAGAAAUUUGACAUGAUAAUCAUGUUGUUUAUUGGUUUGAACAUGUUGACAAUGACGAUGGACCAUUACCAACAGAAAGAAACAUUUACGCAAGUGUUAGACUACCUCAACAUGAUUUUCAUAGUUAUAUUUAGUACCGAGUGCCUCAUGAAAAUGUUUGCGUUACGAUAUCAUUAUUUCACGGAACCUUGGAAUCUCUUCGAUUUGGUAGUUGUGAUACUAUCAAUUUUGGGUUUAGUUUUGAGUGAUAUCAUCGAAAAAUAUUUUGUAUCACCAACACUGUUAAGAGUGGUACGUGUGGCAAAAGUUGGAAGAGUACUCCGUUUAGUAAAAGGAGCAAAAGGCAUCCGCACACUGCUUUUCGCAUUAGCCAUGUCACUGCCUGCACUAUUCAACAUCUGUUUACUGUUGUUCUUGGUGAUGUUUAUCUUUGCCAUUUUUGGGAUGUCCUUCUUUAUGCACGUCAAAGACAAAAGCGGAUUGGAUGACGUCUACAACUUUAAAACUUUUGCCCAGUCCAUGAUCCUCUUAUUUCAGAUGUCGACUUCGGCCGGAUGGGAUGGCGUUUUGGAUGGUAUUAUAAACGAAGAGGAUUGCAAAUUGCCGAAUAAUGAAAUAGGAGAGACGGGAAAUUGUGGAAAUUCAACAAUAGGCAUCGCCUUUUUACUUAGCUACCUCGUGAUUUCUUUCUUGAUCGUCAUCAACAUGUACAUCGCUGUGAUUUUGGAAAAUUACUCCCAGGCUACUGAAGAUGUACAGGAAGGUUUAACCGAUGACGAUUAUGACAUGUACUACGAAAUUUGGCAACAGUUCGAUCCUGAUGGCACACAGUACAUUCGCUACGAUCAACUAUCGGACUUCCUCGAUGUACUGGAGCCUCCUUUACAAAUCCACAAACCUAACAAAUAUAAGAUAGUUUCAAUGGACAUUACCAUAUGCAAGGGUGAUCUCAUGUUUUGUGUAGAUAUUUUAGAUGCGCUAACAAAAGACUUCUUUGCUCGUAAGGGCAAUCCGAUUGAAGAGACAGCUGAACUCAGUGAAGUGCAAACUCACCCGAACGAACCGGGAUAUGAACCAGUGAGUUCUACUCUGUGGAGGCAGCGCGAGGAGUACUGUGCACGCCUAAUCCAGAACGCCUGGCGUAAGCACAAACAACAGCGGCGCAACAGCAGCAGUGGCGGCGUCCUUGAGCCUUCCGUCGAAGGAGGAGAACUCGAUGACAAAGACAGUGAGUUGGAAGCACACCAAACGGCCGUUUUGGUGGAAAACGAUGGCUUUGCGACCAAAAACGGGCACAAAGUGGUGUUGCACAGUCGCACGCCCAGCGUCAGCUCCAGAUCUGCGGACGUCUGAGAAUGGCCCUGCCCCUCCUUGACAUCACCAUAGUGGACGCUAUGUACGAAAUUUUUAUCUCGGCUGCUCUCCAGACAUAUCCUCUUAUUACAUGCAUCGAAUUACGUUUUUCGGCCGAUUUGCGGUGGCCAUUGUUAACUGGAUGAUCUUCCGAGAUAAAAACGUGCGGCGACCAAAUAUGUUCUGUGUAGUUUGAUGAAGAAAGUAUCCUACAUAUUAUUGGAUCAAACAAAUAGAAUGACUAGUAUUUAAAAACCAACCAAAAGUACUCGUAACAACAAUGUCCCAGCAUUAGUUGCUACUUGACAUAGUCGCAUACAAAAACAGAAAAGAGUCCUUUUAUUCGAACUAGCAUGAUUUAUUCCAUAUCCUUGCGCAAAAUUUUCAAAAUCAAAACUUUGCGCUUUACUAGUAACUCUAUGCAGUUUGAAUUAAUUGGACACAUCAUUUAAUAAAUAAUAUAUUGUCACACUUAAGACACAAACUCAUAUUUUCUUUUGCCAAGUCAUUCGCAAGCAACCAAAAUUUUGAAUUAAUUUUUAAUGCUCAGAAAAUUUGUCAUUUUUGGGAGCAUUAUUCCCAAGUGCGUCCCAAAAACGAUCCAGGAACAAUUCCACAUAUUCAAAAGAGUAAUUUGUAAAAAUGGUGCUUUCUUCAGUACAAUAUUCAAGCUAUAUGGACCGUAUUGGAGGAGGGGCAAAUGGGUCAAAAAAGAAAAAAAAAUUUCGUAUGCCUCAUACAAUGUCUAUUGUAAAUUUGUAUGUGUGACAUUUUUUCAAAAAGAAAACACUUUUUAACAAGCAAUAUAGCACAAGCUGUACUAUUUUUUAAAAUAUGUGCUUGAAUAAAAUUAGCUUAAAGUUUAUUUUAUUUCCACACAAUAACAGCAUUUUAAGACUUAUUGAUCGCACGACUUAUUGUAUAAAUUAUAAUAUAACGUUAGUUAUUUAAAUAUUAAUUUUUUUUAUUAUGGCUGGACCAUUGGAGGUAUUUUUUUGUCAAAAAUGUCACCCAUACCGUUGGAAAUAUUUUAUUCGAUAGAGAUUCAGAUUUAACUAUAGAAACACAGUUGACAAACUGUCGUUCUACGUUAUAAAAAUAUGCUGUUAUCUACGUUUUAUUGGUUGAUUGGAUAAUUAUUGUUAAGAUUUUAUAUGAAUAUUACGGAUUUGGUUAGUGUUUGUUGACGUGGUUAAUAUUAGAUUUUUUCGACCCAUUAAACCGACUGUUAUUCCCAGACAGUGAUUUCAAUGGGCAAAUGCAAAACUAGGCCUUUAUUUUUUUACACAUCUAGCCAUGACAAAUAAAAUUUUCCUUAAAUUUCCUUAUUAUUAUUUUGAGAAUUCCAUAACUAUCGACAACCAAAGCUCAUUCAAACACUCACCAUUGACGGAACGAAGUGAUAAUUGACAACUACAGUCUGUUUUAUUCGUUUGAAGAUGAUUCAAAUCCGGUACAAUGAAACACACUACACUAUAUGUAUGUAUAUUUACAUUGGCAAUCGCUAAUAUACGAAAUGAUUUUUAUUUAAGCUCCAUUGCUUCUUUUCAAUAGUAGACUCAAGAUUUAACGAAAUCUCUGAUCUAGUGUGCAACAUUUUAAUCUAAUAAUACGCACACAUUGUUAUUGUGAUAGUGAAAUAGAUUAACUGAUUUUGACAAUACACUGUAUAUAGAGGUACGUACGUAGUUCCAAAACAAUAUUCCAUUUAAAAAAAUUAAUUUUGUUAUUAGAAAAAUUAAAACAGUAAUGUUAUAAUAUGAAAAGCAGGUGUAUUGUAAAUCAGUUGCUUUUCCGCUUUCAUACUCCACCAUUUGUUUUUUAAUGUGAGUGAUUCAAGGAGCAAUUUUACUUAUUCACAAAAUAAAGGUUGAAAAUUUUUGCACAUGUUUGUUAUCUGGCGUAAGAAAUUGCACAAUCUGCUUGUAUACCUAGGCUAGGUACAGUUCCAGCACUGAGCGAAUAUCUUCAUACAUUUCAAUUGUUCACUUUUUUACGCUGGAUAUGAUAUGCUUAAUAUUUUGCGAUUUGAUUUUUUUCCUUUCUAACGCAUGUAGGUACAUGUAACAUACACUUUGGAUAAUUGUGUUCGGUACAUCGUAUCUACAUUUUGACAAGCCAUUCAUGUAAUAUAAUGAAUAAUCAUAGUAUUACAACAUAUUAUAUACAUAUAAUUUUUCUAAGCAAUCGUUGUUUUUAGGGUAGUUAUUGAUAAGGUUUAGUUUGUAAGCUUUGCGAAAAAUUAAAGCGAACUCGAUUUAUAUUGGAUAUUAUUAUUGUCCAUAUAGAUAAUUACCAUUUUGUUAUAACUUUUGUUAUUUUAUUAUUAAUUACAAAUUCAAAUAAAAAUCACA